CUCAGGGUGAAUUAUUUUACUCACAUCAUUUUCUUUUUUUUCAUUGUCUCAUUCAGAAAGUGUGAUAAUCAUAUUAGUUUCUAAGGGGUGACCAAGAAGAUGGGAGGAACAGGUGCUAAGAAGCCAACUGUGGAUUUUGAUUAUGCUUUGGAAUAUGUUUCUAAGGUGAAGACUCGAUUUGAACGUCCUCAUCACCAUCAUGUUUAUCCAUUGUUUCUGGACAUCUUGGACUCGUUUAAAGAAAAGGAAAAGAGUCUUGACGAUGUCAUUAAAGAGGUCAAUUUGCUUUUCAAAGGCCAUGAUGAUCUGAUUGAUGAGUUUACUAAUUUUCUUCCUUGAUUCGGCGGCUGAUAUGUAUGAGUUAUUCAAGAAAAAAUAAAUAUUGCAAAUAUUAAAAUUUAGGGCUCGAAUAUGGAGAUAAAAUAUGAUUUUAGAUUCAAUUUUAAUGUUUGUAAUUUGCAAGAUUUGCUGAACAUUUGUUCCAAUAAAUUAUUUAAGUUUGUGAA